GUCCGAGAGGCAACAUGUCAGGAGCAGAGGGUCCUUCUUAUUGGCUGGGGAAUGAGACUUUGAGAGUUCCUGCAGCUCUCUUUGCUCUGAACAGAAAAAGGCUAUGUGAUAAGCUCCGAAGCAAUAAGGAUGUUUCAAAGGGCUCCAUCGUAGUUUUGCAGGGCGGAGAGGAGACUCAACGAUACUGCACUGAUACUGGAAUCAUUUUCCGUCAGGAAUCCUUCUUCCACUGGGCCUUUGGCGUAACUGAAUCUGACUGCUAUGGUGCCAUUGACGUUGACACAGGGAAAUCAAUACUUUUUAUUCCGAAGCUUCCUGAAAGCUAUGCAGUUUGGAUGGGAAAAAUUCACCCACCAGAGCAUUUCAAGGAGAAGUACGCUAUUGAGGAAGUAAAAUACACCAAUGAUAUUGCUGAUACCCUGAGUGCCAAAAAGCCUUCCACCCUCCUAACUCUGCGAGGUGUUAAUACUGACAGUGGAAGUACCUGCAAGGAGGCCUCUUUUGAAGGAAUUAGCCAAUUCAAUGUGAACAACACCAUUCUGCAUCCAGAAAUUGUUGAAUGCCGAGUGUUUAAGACGGACAUGGAACUGGAAGUUUUGAGAUACUCCAACAGGAUUUCUAGUGAAGCUCAUAAAGAGGUCAUGAAGGCUGCUAAAGUGGGAAUGAAGGAAUAUGAGCUGGAAAGUGUGUUUCUGCACUAUUGCUACAAACAUGGAGGAAUGAGACACACUUCCUAUACUUGUAUAUGUGGCAGUGGUGACAAUUCAUCUGUCCUACAUUAUGGACAUGCAGGGGCACCUAAUGACAAGACCCUACAGGAUGGAGAUAUGUGCUUAUUUGACAUGGGAGGAGAAUACUACUGCUACGGCUCUGACAUCACUUGCUCUUUCCCAGCCAAUGGCAAGUUUACCCCUGACCAGCGGGCCAUUUAUGAUGCAGUGCUCAAGUCCUCACGUGCUGUCAUGAAGGCUGUAAAACCAGGUGUUGCUUGGCCAGAUAUGCAUCGUCUAGCCGACAGAGUCCAUCUGGAAGAACUGACCAAAAUUGGCAUCUUAAAAGGAAAUGUUGAUGAAAUGUUGAAAGUACAUCUGGGUGCAAUUUUCAUGCCACAUGGUCUUGGACAUUUCCUUGGAAUUGAUGUCCAUGAUGUUGGAGGCUAUCCAGAGGGGGUUGACCGCAUUGACCUGCCUGGUCUGAAAAGCCUGCGCACUGCUCGUAAUCUUCAGGAGAGGAUGGUUCUUACCAUAGAGCCAGGAAUCUACUUUAUUGACCAUGUACUGGAUCAAGCCUUGGCCAAUCCUGCCCAGUCUUGCUUUAUUAACAAUGAAAUCCUUCAGCGUUUUCGAGAAUUUGGAGGGGUGCGAAUUGAAGAUGACAUUGUUGUGGCAGCCAACGGCAUGGAAUUGCUCACUUGUGUCCCGCGUACUGUGGAGGAAAUUGAAGCUUUCAUGGCAGAAGGAAAGUGUGACAAGAAAGCUUUACAUCAAGUGAUGUUCAGCGAACAGCUGUGAAAAACGUUAUUGGAAACAAUUACUACUAAUCGACUGCCUUCCACUGAUUAACUUCUACUCUUAGAACAUAAACAUAAAAUUCAUUUAUAUUAAAGUGAUGGUAAACUUCAGUGAUUCUAUCAACAAUACUUGUAAUGAAUCAUUAAAUAAGGGUCACUUUCAUUCAUUAAAAUAAAUGUAGAUUCCUCAUUUUUAAAAUAAUUCACCUGUAGUAUAGUAACAUCACGCCAUUCAUCUGCCCAAAUCUCAUACUCUAUUUGUGUCUUCCAUGAUGAAUCCGGAUUUAUCCAAUCAUUGCGUGCCCCCAUUGACGUCCAGCUCGAAGACAUUAACGCCCCCUGUUUUGUAUGACCAUAAAGAUUAAUUAUUUUUAAAAAAAGAGGCAUCUACAUUUAUUUACAGAUAUUGUUGAUGGAAUCACCAAAGUUUACCAUCACUUUAAGAAAAUCAACACACAAGCAUUGUGUCAAUUAACUUUGAAUAUAUAAAUGUAUCAAUAAAAAAAAAUCUUGAGGAAAUAUGCAUGCUUCACAAUACAAUAUAUUUUUUGUAAAAUUGUUACUUUUCUCAGUUAUAAUAAAAAAGAAAAUGAUAUAAA